UGUGGGCGGCGGAACGUCCCGAGGAUGACGUGCGGCGUUCUCGAAUCCCGUGUCUCGCUCGCUCGCUCGCCGCCGCCGCCGCCGAAGGAAACGGGAAAAGCAACAAGGAGGCAGGAGCAGGCGCGGCGCCAUGGCGGCCCUGGAGCGGCCCGUGCCCAGUCCCGAGGCGUUCCUGGGCCAGCCCUGGGCCGCCUGGGUGCGGGAGGCCGCCCCCCCGCACGCGCACGGCGCCGCCCCCCCGCACAGUGUAGAUCUAGAAGAGACUGGAAAGGAGGGUGGAAAAAGCAGGGAGGUUAUGAGGCUUAAUAAAGAAGAUAUGCACUUAUUUGGCCAUUAUCCAGCUCAUGAUGAUUUCUAUCUUGUAGUGUGCAAUAUCUGCAAUCAGGUAGUCAAGCCACAGGUUUUCCAGUCACACUGCGAACGAAGACACGGUUCAAUGUGUAAACCUUCCCCUUCUCCAGCUUCUCCAGCCUGCAAUUCCAGGACAUCCCUAGUACAGAUGAAACCGAAAUCCUGUAUCAGCGGCCAUAACCCUGUCAGCAGCAACUCAAAGCCAUUCAAAACGCCCAAAGACAAUCUACUUACCUCCAGUAGCAAACAGCACACAGUCUUUCCUUCAAAAGUAUCACGGGAUAAACCAUGCGUUCCUGUUCCAGUAGUCAGUCUAGAGAAAAUUCCUAACCUAGUGAAAGCAGAUGGUGCCAAUGUUAAAAUGAAUUCUGCGACCACUACCACCAUCACCUCCUCCUCAGCCUCUUCAUCCACCCUACCUGCUCCAACUUUGGUUAAAUCUGGUUUGACAUCCAAGUCAGUGCCGCCAUCCCCAGAAAAGAUCCUGAAUGGCAAAGGAAUUGUAGCUCCAUCAAUAGACAAGAAACACCAAAAUGGCACUAAAAGCAGCAACAAGCCUUACAAAAGACUUUCAGAAAGAGAAUUUGACCCAAAUAAACACUGUGGAGUACUGGAUCCUGAAACAAAGAAACCUUGCACAAGAUCACUCACCUGCAAGACUCAUUCACUUAAUCAUCGACGAGCAGUUCCAGGCCGUAAAAAACAGUUUGACAUCCUUCUAGCUGAACACAAAGCUCGAUCCAGGGAAAAAGAAGUUGCAAAAGACAAAGAGCAUCCACCAUCUGCAAGGGAAAGCUAUCAGAGCCAGCCCACACCAGCACAAGACUCUCUGUCGGGAUCUUCAGUGAACUCUGGGCAAGAAUCUAAAGUAACAUCUCCUGCAAAAUCUAGACCACCAAAUUCUGUACUUCCAAGACCAUCAUCUGCAAAUAGCAUAAACAGCAACAGUUCUUCAAACCACAGUGGGUACGUACCAGAGCUGCCGCUGCCUUCCAUGGGAGGAGAUUUAACGAGCAGAUUGUCCAGUGAUGAAGGAGAAGCGGAUGGAGCCGAGGAAUCUGAGAAAUUAGACUGUCAUUUUUCUGGACACCAUCCCAGACCUCUUGGGUUUUGCUCCUAUGGCAGUCGCUUAAUGGGAAGAGGGUACUAUGUCUUUGACAGAAGAUGGGACCAUUUUCGAUUCGCACUAAACUCCAUGGUAGAAAAACACUUGAACUCACAGAUGUGGAAGAAAAUUCCUCCUGCGGCAGAUAGUCCCAUGCCUUCUCCAGCAGCACACAUCUCCACUCCUUUUCCAGCAUCAGUCUUACAGCCUUUCAGCAACCCCAGUGCAGUGUAUAUUCCUUCAACACCUAUCAGUUCAAGAAUCACUUCUUCUUCUUACAUAAUGACAUCAGCCAUGUUAUCAAACGCAGCCUUUGUGACAACGGCAGAUACCAACUCCAUUAUGUCACACACUACAGCUUUUCCUCAUGUGGCUGCAAGCCUAAGUAUCAUGGACUCAACUUUUAAGGCGCCGUCGGCUGUGUCACCAGUGCCAGCAGUCAUCCCUUCCCCAUCUCACAAGCCAUCCAAAACAAAAACCAGCAAAUCCUCAAAAGUCAAAGACCUGUCAUCUCGGAGCGAUGAGUCGUCGAGUAACAAAAAGAAAAAGCCGCAGUCGUCGUCAUCAUCGUCGUCGUCAUCGUCCUCGCUAUCUUUGCAGACAUCUUCCUCAUCUUCAUUUUCAGGGUCCCACAAAAAGAACUGUGUCCUGAACCCCAGUUCAACUUUGAACUCCUAUCAGGCUACAUCUUCCUAUAACAGUAUGUCUGUGCACAAUACAAACAACGGAACAAGCCCACUCAGUGCCAAAUCGGAGCCCUCAGGACGGACUUCAUUAUCAAGUAGUUCAACAGACUCAGUGAAACACAUGAGCAUGGUAGUAAGCAGUAUUGACUCUUCUAAUCUGUCUGUAUCUUCUCUUGUGCACCACUCAGGGGACCACUCCCUGGGAGCACAUAAUGCAGUGUCUUCUCUACCCCUUUCUUUUGACAAAUCAGAAGGAAAAAAACGUAAAAACUCUAGUUCUAGUAGCAAAGCCUGUAAAAUCACUAAAAUGCCUGGUAUGAAUAGUGUUCAUAGAAAGAGCACUGCCAACCUUAUUUCUGCGGUGCCAGAUCCUACAAGCAGCUCCAUCUCUCGGCAGAUUGGAAAAAAUAGCAGUGUAGCUCUGUCACAAUCCAGUCCUUCGAGUGCAUCAAACCCAGUACACAACAGACAAUGCUUUUAGGUGCCUGAAUGUGUUAACACUUCAAGACCUCAGUAUGCGGUGGUUUUUAAAUACUGAGUAACUAGAGCAUUUUAUUAAGGGAAGGUGACAACGUGUAUGCUGUGUGGGGAUCCUUGUGCAUGAACACAUGCUGUGUAGAGGAAAAGAUUCUUCAGAGUUGUCGUCUAAUUGCUGCUCUUUACUUGUAAUGAGACACAACGUUAAUGAACAUGAGAUUCACCAAAGCUUACUGAAAUCAGACAGUCCCAAAAGGAAAUACGCUGUUUAUUCAAAGCAGUUCCUUUCCUUAAAGGUCUAAUGUAAUCAGUAAACAGGGAGGGAAAUUAGUUCAGGGACUCGAAACAAAUUCCUGCUUUGAGUUCUGUUAUUAAAGUAUUCUAUUCUGAAAGCCAUUGUGUGAUUUUGAACCUGGCUCUGGUUUCUCUUUUAGAAGACAUCAAACCGGACUGGUAGAAUAAGGACUCUUCCAUAACAAGGAAAAGGAACCAGCCUAUAAUCUCUAGCUCUCAGCAGCCCUACUCCACAGGGUUUUUUCUUUUCUAUGUCCUGCAGAUGGAUUUAACCUUUUAUGAAUUUGUGGUUUUAAAGAGAAUUAAAUUUACAGAAAACUGUAAUAGUGAUUUGUUUAGUUUUUCACUUGUAUUUGCCACUGAUCUGUGCGUUCUGCUUAUGUUUCCUGCCUUUUCAAGCUGUUAGUGUUGCAAUGCUCCCUUUGUUUCCUUACCAGAACACAGCGGACAUUCCAAAACAAAAAGAAAUCUAGAUCACGAGUUGAGUUUCUUUAAAGGUUCUCCAAAUUUUUUCAUGAAUUAAAAAUUACAGUAAUUCUGUAUUUAAGCUUGUCCUAUGGAUAAAAAUCGAGUGCAUUUCUUAAUAAUUCGCAAACAGCCGGGGCACUGCAACUUUAGGGACUAAUCCUGACUGGUGCUCUGUACCUACAGCAUUUAAUGAUUUCAGUGGGAAUUCUGAGUGUUCGGCCUCUUCCAGGAUCAGGCUCUUAAGGAAUCUGUACUUCAAUCGAUGCACAGUGGAUUUUUUGCACCAAACUGGAAUUGAUGUUACCAGGGGCUCGGCAGGCCAAAUCCCCGUAUCCCGGUGGAUUUCCAGACCCUUAAGAUCGUGGCGCCUGGUAACCUCGGUGACCGGUUUGGGUUUGCAAGGACAGGAGUUGAGCAGAUUGGCUUGCAUUAAUAGAAUUGCACUGACAGUGUUUCUUAUAGGAUUACUGAAUAAUUUUUUAAUAAAAAUAUAGAUUUUAUAAUCAGGAAGCCAAUACCAGGUACUGGAACAAUAGUACAGAGGAGUUAAUUUUUAUUUCUACAGUGUUAAAAGUGCACUUAUAUGCUGGUUUAUUUACAUCUUGGGGAAAGGCGAGAGACUGCAAAUAGGGAGAUUAUUACUACUUUCUUUUUUAAAAAAAGAAGGCUUAAGGCAAAUUUUAAGACAAAAAAUGUUUAAGCAAUUAUAAACAAGGCUA